GGCCUCGUAACAAAUCUUAUCCGUCUCCCCGAGUCGAGCGCGAGAGACGGGAGAGCGCAAACCUGUCCGCGAUCGUUUCGUCCGCAUCCGACUGGCCUUUCGGGGUAGCGUGUGCGCGUUCGCGCGAUCACCACGGAGGCACGGAGGACUGUUGUGCUUGUGGGAAAAGAUAUUACGCUUUGCCAUCGGUCAAAGGAUAAAGGAGGGAAAACGAAAGAGUGGCAAGGAAAGGAAAAAACAAAGAAAGAAAGAAAGAAAGAGAGAGAGAGAGAGAGAGAGAGAGAGAGAGAGAGAGAGAGAGAGAGAGGGAAAGAGGCACACGCUGGAAAGAACUCAACUGGCCGCACUCGAGCGUGUGCGUGUGUGCGCGCGCGCGCUCUGUGGGAUAACGGCGAUCAGCCGUACUCUGGUGACACGAGCCCAUGAACUCUUUCGCGAGCGACCGAAGAAUUCCUCCUCCUUCUUCUGCUCCCUUCCAUCCUCCCUCCCGUACGUAUAAACUUGGAUGAUUUCGCGCGUCUAAGCGUCAUCUCUCUUCCCUCUUUCAUUUUCACCGAACCGUCCACACAUUUCUUCACUCUCGUUACAUCUAAAGGGAUACCAUACGUAACCGGAGAAAACGGGGGAGAAAGAGAGAGAGAGAGAGAGAGAGAAAGAAAGAAAGAGAGAGAGAGAGAGAGAGAGAGAGAAAGAAAGAAAGAAAAAAAGAGAUAGAGAGUGAUAUCGAGAAUCGUGUAAUAGUCGUGAUCUCGCACGCGGCUCGACCGCUUCCGUAAUGGAGGAACAGUCAUCGGUGUGUGUUGUCGUCGUCGUCGUGCGCAAGGAGGACGGUUGCCACGGCGAUGCUCGUCGGUGUGGCUGAAACCGGACGGAUUUUUUUUUUCGUUUGGGAUCAACGUGCCUGGCCGGCCGGCCGGGUGACUGACAAGGACAGUGCGAAAAUUUGAUAUGGGAUCGUCCAGGGUCUUCGACUCGGCUCGGCCUCGCAACCGUCUGUGACAACCACUGGCCGCUUUGAGUAGUGAAAGAGGAAGAAGGAGAUAGUUAAGCUAGUUAUAGGAGGAAAGGAGAAGUGAGAGGAGGAACGUUCGAAGAUUAAAAUUAUCGUUAAAUCGUCGUCCUGUCAGGAUGCAGAAGAGAGACGGCAGGGAUGGCCGCGAGAAGGAGCUCGGCCGUGGCUCCGAUCGCGAUCAGCAGGACGCGGCGAAAAGGACCUCCCGUGGUAGUGGUAACGCCACGAGGUCCAAUGUCCAUUCCUCGAGGCAUAGUGUCACCUCUUCAUCCGCUGUGCUGAUGGUUGGCCCGAAUUUUCGGGUCGGCAAGAAAAUUGGCUGUGGUAACUUCGGGGAACUUCGACUCGGGAAGAACCUCUACAAUAACGAGCACGUAGCAAUAAAAAUGGAACCAAUGAAGUCGAAGGCGCCACAGCUACAUUUAGAAUAUAGGUUUUACAAAUUAUUAGGUACACAUGUCAAUAAUGUACGUGCAGAGGGUAUACCGGAGGUGUAUUACUUUGGCCCAUGUGGGAAGUACAACGCUCUGGUAAUGGAACUCCUCGGUCCGAGUCUCGAAGAUCUCUUUGACCUCUGUGGGAGGAGGUUUACCCUCAAGACCGUUCUUAACAUUGCCACACAACUCCUCCAUAGGAUAGAGUACGUCCACAGUCGACACUUGAUUUAUCGUGAUAUCAAGCCAGAGAAUUUCUUGAUAGGACGAUGUACGACUAAACGGGAAAAGAUUAUUCAUAUAAUCGAUUUUGGAUUGGCCAAAGAGUACAUAGAUCUGGAUACGAAUAAACACAUACCGUAUCGGGAACACAAGAGUCUUACUGGAACGGCGCGUUAUAUGAGUAUCAACACCCACCUUGGAAAAGAGCAAAGCAGAAGAGACGACCUGGAGGCAUUAGGACACAUGUUUAUGUACUUCCUACGUGGUAGUUUACCUUGGCAAGGAUUAAGGGCCGAGACGUUAAAGGAACGAUAUCAGAAAAUUGGGGAUACGAAAAGGGCAACACCCAUUGAGGUUCUUUGCGAUGGACAUCCUGAGGAAAUGGCUACGUAUCUUAGAUACGUACGCAGGUUGGACUUUUUUGAGACACCGGAUUACGAGUACCUGAGGAAGCUCUUCCAUGAUCUCUAUGAGAGACGAGGCUUCGUCAACGAUGGCGAGUUCGAUUGGACCGGCAAGACAAUGCCACCCAACUUCGAGCAGCUCAGGGCAUUGAGACUGGCAGCACCUUCUCAUAUCAAGAAAAACAAAUCUGAUAAGUCCACACCGGUUGGAUCGCUACAAACGGGCCACGAAAUCGUCGUGUCACCGAAUCGCGAUCGGCAUCCAGCAACGUAUAAGGACGCGGCAGGUGGAGGGGUGGGAGGCGGGGGCGUAAAGGGGGUGGGAACCACAUGGCCAGACGCAGUGAAGCAAUCAGGAGCCGGUGGUACAUUGACACCUGCUGAUAGGCAUGGUUCCGUUCAGACAAAGCAACAAUGGAUUAUGGUUGUUUCGUCGACGAACGGAGAAUUGGCUAAUGAUGAUCCAACUGCGGGUCAUUCUAACACGCCAAUUACGGCACCACAAGAAGUGGAUAUGAUCGAUGAAACCAAUGUUUGCUUCAUUUCCAGAUGCUGUUGCUUCUUCAAGCGGAAGAAGAAGAAAAGUGGAAGGCAGAAAUAACUGUCCGAUACCGUCGGUAUUGGGCGGUCAGUACAACAGUGCGCGAAUAAUAGUGCUGAUGGAUUUGGAGAUCGAGUCCCUGGAACGGCGAGAAUCUGCAAAGGCGGAAGAGACGGCGGGAAAGGUGGAGGCGAAGAUGGAGGUGGAGGUGGAGGUGGUGGUAGUGGUGCUCAAGAUAGAGAUACUACUACAACUACUGCUGCUGCUGCUGCUGUUGCUGUUACUGCUGUUACUGCUAUUGCUACUGUUGCUAGUACUACCGCCGUUACUACCGUCGCUGGAGCCAUUGGAGAUCCUGAAAAAGAAGUUAUCACUCUCCUACGUGCUGGAAGUCGAUCGGCUUCGAGAGAUUCGGUGCUGCAUACCAACGUCACGUUGACACCCACGCCGACUCCGCCACCGUUUUCAAAUUGAGCCACCACAUAGCCAUUAUUAUUGCUGCUAUUACUAUUAUUAUUAUUAUUAUUAUUAUUAUUAUUAUUAUUAUUAUUAUUAUUAUUAUUAUUAUUAUUAUUAUUAUUAUUAUUUUCUUCCUCUUUUUUUUUAUUGUCGACAUCUCCAAUGAUUUUGCCUUUUCCAUUUACUUGUACGGUUAUUGAUUAUUAAUUAUUAAUUAUUAAUUAUUAAUUAUUAAUUAUUAUUAUUCAUUAUUAUUAUUAUUAUUACCUUAUUAUUAUUAUUAUUAUUAUUAUUGCUAUUAUUAUUAUUAUUAAUAUUAUUAUUAUAAAGCACCAUUACAUACACAUUGCCAUCAUUAUCGUCGUUAUCAUCAUCAUCAUCAUCAUCAUCAUCGUCAUCAUCAUCGUCAUCAUCAUCGUCAUCGUUAUCAUCGUCAUCAUCAUCAUCAUCACCAUCAUCAUUAUCAUCAUUAAUAAUAAUAUCUCCGGUCAACGUACAUUUAUUAUGAACUUUGUUAUCAAUGUUGUCAGUGCUGACUGAGAAUAGCCACAAGCCGUCGGCUCUCUGACCAUUUCAAUAGAGAUAAGCGGUCAUCCACGUGUGUGUAGGAGUAAGGAAUUGACGUACCGAAGGUGAAAAGAAUGCGUUUGUGCCUACGACUCUCUUCUUGUAUUGCGAGUGGCAUUGUUUAUAUACGCCGUUAAUAUAAUGAUAUGUGAACGUGUCACGAUUGAUCAUUAUUAUUACGUAUUUAAAAUCUCGUCACAAAGUGAGAAAUCAAUGCUGAGCUCUCUCGUUGUAAUGGGAAACCUGAAAAUUAUCGAGCGUAGCGUAUUUCUCGUAAUGAAAAUUUACAUUCGUAUGAAGUCUGAUUAUAAAUGCGAAAGGCAUGAAACUGAAAUACGUUAGCAACAACAACAACAGCAGCAGCAGCAGCAUUAACAUCCUACUUCAAUAAUUCCUAGAUGCACCGAACGGAGUGAAAAUAAUAUAUAUAUAUAUAUAUACAUAUAUAUAUAUAUAUUUACACAUACAUAUACACAUACACAAAUGGGAGAAAUUUUUUUUUCGUUUGUUUUUAUAGCGAUUGAAAGAGAAAUAUAUAAUGCGUUGUAUUGAAAGAAUAAACGUAAACGUGUAACUUAACUGGAUAUGCCAAUUCCUUUUGUAAAAUUACUAAAUAUAUUUUUCAGGUCUGGAUCUUCCUUCCUGUUGUAUAAAAAUAAAAAAAAGGAAAGAAAUUUUUCCUGAAAUAUUGAAUAAUCAAUAUGCUUUGGUAGGAUUUUAUAUUAAAUGAUUAUAAUUUCAAUUUCGUUAGAUAUUAUAUAUAUAUAUAUAUAUAUAUAUAUAUAUAUAUAUAUAUAUAUAUAUAUAUAUAUAUAAAGAGAGAGAGAGAGAGAGAGAGUGAGAGAGAGAGAAAUUAAAAAUGGAAAGUAAAAAUACUAUACACAUAACAUAAAAUAUUAUUCAUUAAUAAUAUGAAGCUCACACAAAUACACAAAUAUUAAAUUAUAUAUAGGCAAUUCCACGAAUCCGUCAUUAUAUUCGAAUGUUUUAUAAAUAUGUACAAAGAUAUAUAUAUAUAUAUAUAUAUAUAUAUAUUCCAAGUAAACAAUUUAACACGUUGUAUGUGUGUUCGAAAACGAUACGCGAUCAUUUAUGUUUAAUUAUAAACAAUUUUCAUAGGCUCUACUUAUCCAUGUCAAAUAAACUGUGGGCAUUUUAAUUAUUAUAUAGUCAUUUUUCUAUAUGUUCUACCUGAUUUUGUUUUCUUUUAUGACUCUCUUUAAUAUUGUGUGGCGAGUGCUUUCAUGAGAUAAUUAUUGUUGUGUAUUUAUAUAUGAAUUGAAAAAAAAAAAAAAAUUGUACUUCUUUUUAUAAAAACAUAUUCGUAAAGAUGAAUGGGAAAUGAAUAUAAAUUUAUCAUUUCUUUUUUUUUUUUUUUUUUUUUUUUUUUUACCCCAAAUAGAACGUUUGAAAAGAAUGGUAGGAAAUCGUGCACUUAGGAAUUUGUGACUGAUUUGUGGGAUGUGCUGCGUUAUAUAAACUGUAAUAUAAAAAUCACUAGUAUAUCAUUUGUAUCUAUGGAUAUUAUUUCUUUGAUAUAUACACUGCCUGCCAAUUUUCUAAAUAAAAACACGAUAAUAUACCCUAAGCUCGCAGCAACGUGUGUAAAUAAAUGCACUCUGAGUGAUUUUGCUGUUAAUUGCACAUAACGAAUAUCAUGUGCAAAAGUAUCUCUUCAUGUGCAAGCAUAUGCUGUCAUUAUAAAACAUUUAUGUUUUAUUAUUAUUUAAAGGUCUUCAAUUUGUGUGGUAUGCGUUGAGAGUAAUAAUGAAAAAAAAUGUUGAAACAUAACUGUAAAAGAACAGUAUUAAUUUCGGUUUCAUGCCUUCCAACAAAUUAUUGCAUAAGAAUCAUAUAUUGAAAAAAACAAAAAACAAAAAACAAAAAAAAAACAAAAAAAAAAAGAAAAGUCGCGAAUUCCAUUUUACAUAACAUAUCGAUGAAGUAAAGAAAUUUUUGUCUCUUUAGAUCAUAACGUACAUUACGACAAGAUCGGGUAGAACAUACAGAAUACGUUGUAUUAAUCGCCACAAACAUCAUUGAUUCGUGUUCCAUUAGUGGAAGAUCCAAGAGAUAGAUUAUUUCUUGAAUCUAGACCAUUGUAUGUAAGAAAAUUGUAAAUUCGAAGAAUACUUUUUCUUUUUCGAUGCACGUUAUACGAGGAGGUGUAAUGCUUAUUAAAAAAAAAAAAAGAAAAAAAAAGAAAAAAAGAAGAAAAAAGGAAAAAAAAAGAAAAAGGAAGAAAAGAGAAAAAGAAAAGAAAAGCGAGAGAGAGAGAGAGAGAGAGAGAGAGAGCUAAAAAAAUACCUGCAAUAGACAGAAUAUUGAUCAGGACAGUUUUCUAAAUGAAACUUUUAUCAUCUGAAGGUAUUGCUAAGUUAAGCGAGCAGGUUUCUUACUAUAUUUAGACUACCAAAAAACAUCACACGCAAAAUAAGUGCUAGAUGCGAAAACGAUUAAAUGUGAUGCAAAUUAUAAUAUUGUGAAUUUUUAUUGUGAAAAACUUUACUAAGGACUCAUUGAAAAUGGUGUUAUUUGUAUAAUAUCAAAACUGUAAAGGUGUUGCUUUAAAUGAUAAAAAUGCACACCAAUGUCCUUAUUAUGAGCUCGAACGAUGAAGAGAUACUUAAUAUGAAUAUGCCCGUUUAAAUAGAAAAGGGUGGAAAAUGGAUUUUGGUAGCCCUUGUCGAUAAAUAAAGGAGCAAGUAAAAAAAGAAUUUUGAAUAUUGUAGUAAAUAAUUUUGUUACAAAUUUGCAAUUCUUCGUAGUUUUAACGGUAGGGCACAGAUUACUGUUUAAAGAAUUUAUAAUAUUGUGUUGCUUAUUAAGAAUUGAUGUUACAAAUUGCUACAAAAAUAUAGUAUCUUUUUAUUUAAAAUGAAUUUUUAUCCAUGUAAUUUAUGUAACAUAUUAUUGCAUAAAUAACAUUAAUGUUUACUAAUAAAAAUUUUUUUAGCAAAAUAGAUAUCCGAAGUGAAUGUGAUUGAUACAUAUAUAUAUAUACAUACAUAUAUACAUAUAUAUAUAUAUAUAUAUAUAUAUAUAUAUAUAUAUAUAUAUAUAUUACGAUCGAAUUUUUUACGUCGAUCUUAUUAUUUGUAGUAUAAUUUAUAAACACGUAAUACCCCCAAUUGAAAAUAGCUUUAACUUAUCGUUUAGCUUAUUUUUUAAAUAGCUCUUAAGGGGGUAAGUGAAUUCAAUUUAUACGAAUUACAAAUAUUUGUUGUAUUUAUUUCAUUAUAACAAACAAAUUCUUAAUAGCUGUAUAGACUAUAAUGUAAGCAUUUAAAAAUGCAACUUUAUAAUCCGAGGUUAAUAGAAUUUCCUCUUUCUCAUUAAUUAUUCAGAGAGCAUAAAAUAAAGAAUUUUAAAACAAAAAAAAAAAAAAAAAAGAAGCAUUGUGUUCUUGUAAUAUGUAAGCGAUGAUUAUGGAUUUUUAGAACAUUGCGAAUUUGUAACAAAAACGAGAAAAGAGAAUAGAAGGGAAAAAAUUGUUAUUACUAUGAUGAUUUCUGUAUGAAAUGUUGAGUUUUAGCAAGUUAGCUGGCAAAAAAACAUUUUUAUUUCUUUUUUUUUAUUUUGGUUUUUAUUAUUAUUAUUUCUUUUAUAUAUAGUAAUCUAACAAAGUAACCUGUUCGCUAUCGUUGUACGGGGGUAGCAAGGUUGUAAAAAUCGAACAGAUUGAAAAAUGAAAUUUUCUAUCAAAUGAUUAUGUACCGUUGUCGAGUGUUAAUGUAUAAUGAAAUCAUGGAUACAUUGAUAUAUUUAAUUAAGAUCGGCAAUAGGUUUAUUCAUAUACGUAUUAUUAUUUUAUUUUGAGGAUAUGUGGAACGGUAUCGAAAGGUCAGAGAGAUGUUUAAGAGAUCGAUAAUGGAAAAAUAGGUUCUCGAUCGUCAUUCAAAUUUACUCGUCGGAUCUUAAUGGAUAGUAUCGUUCCUUUUGUAACAUUGCAGUUGCGCUGCAACAAUGACGAAACAAAUAGACAUUUUACAGUAAGAUAUACGAAAAUAAUAAACAGUGAAGUGUCCAAAAGUGUUUGUGCAUGUGUGCAUAUGUGGAAAUGAGAGAAAUGUUGUUUUUUUUUUUUUUUUUUUUUUUUUUUUAAUACAUAUUUUUUUCUUUUUCUUUUUUUUUAUUUUUUUUUUUUUUUGAGUUCUUCGCCGCAACGAGGAAGUCUCUUAAGGGACGAAACUUUUUUUUUUUUUUUUUCCCCAAUAUUUCGUGCUGUAGAUAGUGUGUAUCCCGCAGUGUAGCGCGCGUGUAUAUAAACGUACUCGCCCCUACGUUAAAAAAAAAAAAAAAAGAAAAAAAAAGAGAAAAAAGAACAGAAAAACAAGAGAGAGAGAGAGAGAGAGAAACAAGAAAAAUGAUCAUAUUUCUUGCGGUGAUAUUGUUGUUCGAAGGAAAAUGAAAACAAAGUAAAUAGAUAAAGAAGUGAGGAAAAAAAUGUGGAAAAAGUAACAAAAAAGAAAAAAAAAGAAGAAGUAAAAGAAACAAAAAAGAAAAUUUACGUGAAGAUAACGCGAAAAGUCCAAAGGAAAUCUCAUAUUGAAUUUUAAAUAAGACUUAAGUAAUAAGAGGGAUGAAUAAUAAUGAUCGUGGAUAAAACACGCGACCCUGCUGCCCGUUAUGCAGCCGAUCUAGGUCAUAAAACUCGGUUAGGCGAUUUUUAAUAUAAUAUGGCUGAUUGCUGGAUAAAAAGUAUGGUUGUGAGUAAUACAUGCCUGAGAUCGAGAUUGUAAUUUUGUUACUACUACUACUACUACUACUACUACUACUACUACUAGUACUACUACUACUACUACUACUACUACUACUACUACUACUACUACUACUACUACUACUCCUGUACACCUGUCCCAUAGAAGGACCGUUAUACAUAUAUUGUUACACAGUGAUAUUGUAUUCCAAGGAUUGAGUUUGUAUGCUUUAAGUCCUAUCUUUACGAAUUGGAUAAGAUGAUUUGGACCAAGAGCGACGUACGUAUACAUAUACACCGAAUAUAUACAUAUAUAUAUAUAUAUAUAUGUGUGUGUGUGUAUAUAUAUAUAUAUGUAUGUAUACAUGUAUAUAUCAAAACUUUUGUUUCCUAGGAUCGAUGAUAUUAUUGUCUCUAUGGUCAUGCAUUUUUGCUGGGAACAGGAUGUAUCGUUAUAUCGUCAUGAUAUUCAUUAUUCCAAUGUAUAAUUCGAUAAUACAAAUGCUCUAUCUUGCUUUCCUUUCAUUACUUCUGUAAGAUAUUUAAAUAAUUAUACAAAAGAAAUAAUUAGUCAAUGCUGCAUUUUUGAUAGAUUAAGAUAUUUGGUUAAUAUCAAAUGCUUUAAUAUUUUCUGUUGGAUCAUUCUUUUGUUUUUCUUUUUCUUUUAUUUUCCCUUUAUUUUUCUUUUUCUUUUCCAACGUUUUCUCAAUAUUAUUUAUAUCUGUUAAAUGAAAUAUAAGCUCAGUCUGUGUGUAGAUCUCAAUUUCUGUAUGAACGCUGUAAUAUUUUCAUUUACAUACAUACAAUACAUACAAUACAUACAAUACAUACAAUACAUACAUACAUACCAUGUUAUGUUAAGAUCGAAAGAAUGUUCUUUUUUUUUUUUGUCUCCAAACAUACUAAUGAUUUUUGAUCAUAAUUUCUUAUAUUACUGACAAUUAAAUUAUAGCUAUUUAUUCCACUUAAUAUCAAAGAAUUACCUGUGUGUUCAGUUAUGCAUAGUUUAUCGACAUAACAUUCAAUAAGAGAUGCUCAGCAAAUAAUAGCUAUUUUUAUGGAAUUGGCAGCUCUCGUGCUUGUUGGUAAUUUCAUCUGAGUAUGUAUGCAUGCGCAUUUGACGAAGAGAACUAAGAAAAACAUGCAGAUCUUUUUUGACAUACAUAUUUGUGAAAGUAAAUAUAAGGGGAGGGAGUCAGUGUAACUAAAUGUUAUUUUGUACAUAGAAAGGAAGCAUUGCACCAAGGGGAAAAAAAAUGCACAUAAUAAAUAAAUAAAUAAAUAAAUAAAUAAAUAAAUAAAUAAAAAUGAAAAAAAAAAGAAAAAAAAAUAAAGAAAUGCUAAGAAAAGCCCAAAGUAAAGAGAGUGUAGUAGCUUCAACGUUCUCUCACUCCCUCACCAAUUGCGCGCGCCCGCACAUACCAUACACACACGUGUAUACAUAUAUAUGUAUAUAACAAUGAAUAAUAAACUGUGUAUUAUUAUAUCUAUCAAA